GAACAGUGGUGGCUGAACGUUUAAUAAGUGUACGAGUAAAGUGAGCGUGAAAGAUCGACUAACAUAUAUUCGACCUUGCGACGUACGGGCAACGACCUUGGCAGGUUGUCACAUCCUGUGCGGUCGCUUCACGGCAUUGUCUUGUAGUAGAGAAAUAAUAGCACUGCCGCCGUGACACGCCUACCCGGCGGCGAUCAACGAACAUCCCGGCUUUAAGGGCAGUGUCGCUACCGGCCGGCUCCGAUAACGUUGCUACGCUUGUGCACAGACACGCCUAUUCUAGGUGGCGAGCCGCCGAUGCCAUGAACACGCUAAGCGUUUCCACCGAUUUGACAGCCGCUGCCGGCUGUUCGCCUUUGCGAUUCGACUCUGCCUGCUACGAACAAGAAAGCGGCGACGUUGGCGAGGUGACUGAUGAAGCAUAUGUCACGUUGGCAACGGACGACACCUACUCGCUGGGUGCCCUUGUGUUGGCUCACUCGCUCAAGAGGGUGCAUACCUCACGGCAGCUGGUCAUCCUUGUCACCAGUGCAGUCACUACACAGAUGAGGUCGCUGCUAGCCCAGGCUUUCGACCUUGUGGAGGAGGUGAACCUGUUGGACAGCAGAGAUCCUGCGAACCUUGCCCUCCUCAAUCGGCCAGAACUGGGCGUCACAUUCACCAAGUUGCACUGUUGGAGGCUGGUGCAGUUUAAGAAAUGUGUCUUCAUGGACUCCGACACCCUGGUCCUCCAAAACUGUGACGAGCUAUUUUCCAAGGAAGAACUCUCUGCUGUCCCGGACGUUGGCUGGCCUGACUGCUUCAACUCUGGCGUUUUUGUUUUUGUCCCCUCCGAGGCCACUUACAAUGCUCUCAUCACAUUUGCUGGAGAGCAUGGCAGCUUUGAUGGUGGUGACCAAGGCCUGCUGAAUCUGUACUAUCAUGACUGGUCAACAAAGGACAUCACCAAACAUCUUUCCUUUAUUUAUAACAUGAACUCAAAUGUGUCCUACACCUAUUUGCCUGCAUACAAACAAUUUGGCAAGGAUGUAAAGAUUGUCCACUUCCUGGGCCCUGUGAAGCCAUGGCAUCACACGUUCAACCUCCUGACAGGUCAAGUGCAGCCACACGGCAGUAGCCAGCACAUGUUCGACCAUCUGCAGUUCUGGUGGGAACUCUUCAUGACGCACAUCCAACCCAAGCUGUUCCCAGAAUGUGCCGGCCUUGCUGGUGAGAUGUCCAAGCUGACAAUCAAGACUGCAGAAGAGCUGCAGCGCACUCACACAGACCUGACAGUCUAUGGAGGCUCAGAGGCACGCCAGUAUGCCUGGGAGCGUGGCCAGAUUGACUACAUGGGCGAGGAUGCGUUCGCGAAUAUCCAGAAAAAGCUGGAUACGGCCAUGACAGCACCAGUUGAACCCACCAUCGCCGAGGGCACUUACCAAGAAAAGAAGGCUGGCGACAAGCAGGCGUCGAGCACCAGAACACCACCGUCCGCGAAAUCCAAGAAACAUUCGAAGAAGUGAACGUAUAAUACCUGUCUGAGGGGUGCAUGCUGGAAAUUAAAACAGGGAUGGGGGCAUACUUAAAGGGAAGGAAAGGGCAUGAGGCACCAGUUUAUCAGUGUGCAAUACUGCUGAGUGCGCUGCUACGCUCAUUGAUGGCCUUGAAACAUUCUUUUUUGCUGUUUUAGAGUGUAGCAUAUUUGUUUGCGUGAACUGUUUUCUUUUUGUGCCAAACCACUAGUGAGCGACUAAUGUUCUCAUUUUAGCUCCAUAGGCGCAUUUCCUCUUUUUGCGUAUUUCAUGCAGCAGAAGCGCCUUUUCUUUCCCUAGUACAUCACCUGAAUCUUUUGCCAUAAGAGAUGUUGCUGUGUAAAGGCAAUUUUUGCUACUCACACAUGUAUAGUUUUUUACAAAUUGAGGUUUUGUUUUGUUGCAGAGCUGUGCUUUUGAGCUCUUGCACAUAGUGCACUUUUUGAAGCUGGCAUCUUUGACUGACUAUACUAUUGCUUCCUUUUAGGCUGUUGAAAUGUGGCAAAAUGGAAAUAUAUAUUAUACACUCAUGUUCCACAA